AUGAGGAUUGCGGAAAACCAGGUCGCACGCAUGCGGAAGCAGGCGCAGGACACCCUGUUGCGGUGGUGGACGGAGGACCUGGCCCCGCCGGUCCCCGGGCAGUGGACGGUGGAUGCGGUCAGGUCGAUCCUUCGGAAAUGGGUGAGGCGGCGGUUCGGGCCGCUGACCUUCCGUUUGGUGCAGCUCGGUUACGGAUGGUCACGAAAUGGUCAGCGUCGGUGCCGCUUGCACCGGCCGCCGGAAUCGACGAUGUCAGUAAGCAGUGACAUCAGAUUCACGCGACGCAAGCUCAGCCGCUCCUUCCGAGGUUGCUGUGCAGCUCUAGCGGCCUUGCUCGUCUUGUUACUACUCGCUGCUGUCGCUGUCUACCUCGGCCAUAUGUACCUGUUCGGAGAUCCAUUAAAUCGCCAAACAUUUAGAGGAUCAUUUGUAGCAACAUCAUGGGGCACAAAAGAUCAGAUAUUACCUGAAGUAAAAGAGAACGUCACAAGAGAAGGAGAAAUACGGCAGGCAAUUAUCGACUCAUUUAGUAAAUCUGAAUUAAGAUCGUGCUUCGUUACAGCUGAGGUCCUUGCAAUAGAUAAUACAGAGGAAGGAACGCGAGUGCACUUCGAAGUGUCGUUUGAACCCAUCUUUACGGCAGUAAGCACGGCAGAAGUGACGGCUGUAAUGACGCGAGAACUCUUAACUCCUUACUUCCAGGGUUUAGGAGUUCUUCCAGAAACAUUACAUAUAGAGGAAAGCUCUGUUAUAUCAUCACAAGCCUUGAAAGAGGGUGAUGUAUCUACAACCGAAGCACCCACUACCGAAGUUGUGACAUUCGAAAUCGAAGAGGAUCUACGAGAGUGUUCGCCGUUGACAUUGUCCCUGUGCUCACAUCUCCCCUACAACGUUACAACUUAUCCCAAUUUAGUGGGUCACAGUUCGAAGGAAGUGAUGCUACGUGAUCUCGUCGCGUUCAGAGAACUUUUAGACGCAGAGUGCUCUCAUUUGGCUCAAGACUUCGUGUGUCAAAUGCUCCAGCCGAGCUGCGAGAGCGAGCGGCUGGUGCGGCCGUGUCGCUCGUACUGCCGCGCGUUCACUGCGGGCUGCGGUGCGCGCCUGCCCGAUCGUCUGCGACCGUUCUUCGACUGCGCACGCUUUCCUGAAUACUUCGGCCCAGGGUCUUGUUCUCCCGAACCAGAUUGCGUGGGCGGCUUGCAGCGGCUCGCGCUGUCUCGGCGCGCGUGCGACGGGCUGCCGGACUGCGCGGACGCGGCGGACGAGCGCGGCUGCGCGCACUGCGCGGCGGCCGGCGCGGGCGCGCUGCGCUGUGCGCUGCUGCCGCGCUGCCUGCCGCCCCACUUGCGCUGCGACGGCACGCCCGACUGCGCCGACGGCAGCGAUGAGCGUGGAUGCUUGUGGAUAUCCCGGUCGCUGGCGGCGUGGCGGCGGGAGAGCGGCGAGGCGACGCUGGGCGCGGUGCGCGGCCGCGCCGGGGUCGCCGUGUGGGCGGAGCGCGGCCGCGCCGGCAAGGUCUGCGCCGCGCCCUACGAGCGCGACCGCCGCGCGCUCUUGAGCGUCGCCGCUUCGCUCUGCACCGCGCUCACCUUCAAAUCUGUUGUAUCGGCUGAAGCUGUGCCCGAUUUAGAAGAAGAUAUUGAUGACGAAAGCACGGAAUCAACAAUACAAAAUAAAGUUCAAAAAGAGGCACCGGAGUAUGUAGAGAUUGUUGACCCCUCGGCGCUUGAAAUUUCAUUCAUAAAAAGUGAAUGUCCGCAGCGGAAAGUCAUUAAAAUUGUCUGCGAUCACUUAGAAUGCGGCCUGGCGUCUGCUCGCGGCUCGCAGGUAGCCUUGGGAGUGGAGGGUCUGCCGCGCUCGGCCCGGCCCGGCGACUGGCCGUGGCACGCCGCCUUGCUGCGCUCGCACGUACACGCCUGCGACGCCGUGCUCGUACACCCCUCCUGGCUCAUCACUACAGCCUCGUGUUUCCAAGGUCAACCGAAAGCCGAAUGGACUGCUAGAUUAGGAACUGUGAGAAUUCAGAGUACAACUCCGUGGCAACAAGAGCAGCGUAUUAUUGGUAUGGUGCGCUCUCCUGUAGAAGGAAGUAUGCUAGCAAUGGUGCGCUUGGAGGAACCUGUGGAAAUGACAGAUUUUGUCCGACCAGCUUGCCUUCCAGAAGAUGGAUUUAAAAUAGACGAACAUAGUAUCUGUAAUACUCUAGGUUGGAAAAGAAACAGGGACCAAUUACAGAGGGUACACGUUAUACCAACAUCUAUGAAUACCUGCGAAAAUGUUAGCAUAGCUAUUGGAAAUGGCAUAUGUGCUGAACCAUUGUAUGAUCAGGAUGAUUGCGAUGAAGAAGAAUAUGCUGGAAGUUCGAUGAUGUGCUUUGAUGAGAAAUCAAAACGUUGGUCUCUAAUAGGCGUAACUGGAUGGCGUAUUGCUUGCUCAAAAAUUGGACUUGGUAGACCGAGAAUAUAUGACGCAGUUACCUCACAUAUUGAUUGGAUUCAUAGGACCAUUUCUAAUUCAUCAAGAUGACCCUAUAUAGCAAUUAUAUCAAGAAGACUGCAAAGAGAUGAUGUGUAUUUACGUUUAUAUGUCCAUAUAGUUAUGUUUUGUUAAGUUUUUUUCUUUAAAAUUAAGUCAUCAUUUUUGGAGUAUAUUUUUAAAUUAUUUAAUAUAAAAUAAAUAAAAUUUUAAUAGUAAACUGAAAUACAAAAAAAAAAAUACUAAUUUCUAGCAAAAUAUACGCUAGCUAACUGAAAUGCCAUUAAAAUUAAUUUCUUAUUUUAAUGUAAAAUUAUUCAACAUUAUAAUAAUGACAUAAAUUAAGUUUUUAAUAAUAUUCUUAAAUGAAUAUUAUGUAUGAACUGCCUUCUCACCACAUAGUUCGUAGAAUCUAGUAUUUAGGACAUAGUAUGUUUAUAUGUAUUUUGUAAAUUGAUUGUAAAUAUAUGUCAAAGUUAAAUACCAAAUUAUAAAUAAAUUAAUUUAAAAA